CACAGCUGGAAGAUAAAAUGAUGGGAAAGGGGUGUGCGUUUCAGGAACAGAUUAUAUUAAAAUGGAAAGAAGAACUUAUUUUUUGGGCUAAAGAAUCCCAGAAUGACAACAGGAAAAUCUUCACUGAAAUGGAAGAGUUGGUCGUGUUAUCUUGUUAUCUAGGGACAAGUGAUAUUUUAUCUAAGGAACUAACAGAAUUGUUAAUUGGCACACCUUAUCUGCGAAACACAAAUCAACAAAAUUUCGAAAGAGCAACGUUUCUCAGAUCUAAAGUAUCAUCUGAACCUACCUUGGACGAUGUUGUUCCUAUAAAAAGGAAGUUUCUGCAGAUCUUCCAAGAUGAAACCGAAAAAGCAUAUUCUGGCAUAGCCCAAAGUAACAUGCAGAUGUCAAAGUUAGCAGACUCCUGUAAAAUGAGAAAAAGAAUUCGACUUAAAACGUCUGAAGAGAAAAAAAAACUUAGCGAAUUUAUCAGGAAAUAUAAUCAAGUUGCUGAUGAAGUGGGUGUGGCUACAAUUAAUGUAGAUGUUGGAAGAGACAACUUUGACUUUCCGUGGCUAGAAGAGGAAGGUCAUGAAGGAUUAUCGAUGAACUUUAAACGUUCUGUUGUCAUUCUUUUUGAACUGAUAAAACGAUGCGAAGAAGAAAUCGAAAUUUUGCAAAGAGAAAUGACAAACUAUCUGUCGUAUUACAAAAACGUGAUUGUUAAACUUGAAGAAUCUACGAAAGUGAUUCAACAGACUCCAAAUGUGAUAUCCCAAUCGAAAAUUCUCUUCAUAAAAAAAGGUGUACGAUUUGCAAAAAAACAAUUAUUGAAUGGUUACCAACAUUUUUUGGACAUAAUGAAGACGAAUACCGACAGUACCUAUAGUGUAGAAGAAUUGACUGAUGAAGAUGAUUCCGACAAUGACCUUGAUAGUGAUGAUGAUAUUAGUGAUGAUUCGAUUUCAGAAAACGAAUACGAGUAA